AUGCUGCUCAGAGGAUUACGAGCCUGUGCUGAACGUGCCUCGAAGUCGCGCACGACAAACUUGGAUCGAAUUUCGAAGACCACCAAGGAAUUGUUAGGAAGAAGAAGGGCUUUGAGGCGUGAUCCGAAUGCAUCGCACAUUGAGUGGUUAGUAGCAAACACUAGCUGCAGAAAAGCGUUGCAGGAGGAUCUUUUGAAGUACAGGCAGAAGAUGAUUCUAGAAGCAGCACAAAGAAGAACGAGUCUAAAGAAGUGCCGCAGGGAUCUCCGCGAAUAUAGUAUUCCGCUAGCAGCCUUGCUGAGCGAAGACGGGACUCGCACGUCUUCUCGUCGUGAGAUGGAAAUCAUUACGGAGAGGUUCUACUCGAACCUUUUCCGUUCAUCAACUCCUGUGUCAAGCCUAAUCAUCUCCACUGGCGAAGCUCCACCACGGAUUCUCCCGUCGGAAGUACGAGUCGCUAUCAAGAGCAUGAAACCUCGCACAGCUCCGGACCUGAUUUUAAAUCAGCAGACUUUUUUCGGGCUGGUGGCCAUCCGCUUCAUGUAA